AUGUGGAAUUCACUGUACCAGUUCAUAAUAGGAUUAGCUUUUCUUAAUCUUACGGUUAAAUUUGGCAAUUUCUCUCCUCAUCGCACACUCUCCUAUCGACUCUCUCACCAUCACAAUCAAUCCAGCUAUGCAUCAACCUCAUGUCAUCUCUCUUCCUCUCUGUCUCGAUCUGCUUUCAUCUUUCCGUCCUCCGCGGGAGCAGCAUUGCGCACACACAGUCGUCACCCUUUUCCUGCGCUCCUCCAGUCUCUUGUCUACUCUCCUCUCCGCGUCUUUCCCGCUCGUCCACCGGCCGGUUGGUCGACGUGCAUUGGCCCAUCCCACCCAGUCUCAGCGCAUCCUCUCUCUCCGCCUGCCCCUCCGACGCCCAAACGUCGGUCUCUCUCUCACCCCGCCAAUCGCCUCCAGUCCUUCAUCUCUCCCGUCACCGCCCAACUCCCUCACCGAACUGUCUGUCUCUCCGGCCUUCACGCAGACCGACACUGGCCGUCUAUCCAUCUGCCCCAUAGACACACACACACAGACACAAUGCACACAUAUAACACACACACAAACACACACACAGACAUACAUACAGACAGGCCGGCCGGCCCUGGCCGGGUAGACUUCGAGGCUGGCCAUUUGGCCAGUCCGGCUCUUCUUCACACUCUUCUUCGGCUCUCCGUCUUCUCAAUCUCUGCGUCCCUCUCGUCGUUUCGCCUCCACGUGCCGACCAGCAGAAAGCCCAUUCUGAGCUUAAUCCACCGUCUUCGAGACACUUCGACCUGCACACACACACAUGCACACACGCACACAUACAGACUGGCAGACAAGCCUAUCAGGCUCCCUCUUGAGGUCCUGAUCGACAACCAACCGCUGUCCGGUUGCCGCCGGCCGAGCCAGCUUGCCUAA